AUGCCUGAUACAAGAGACUCUUGGGGGUUUCAGGCUCCUACGCCGACUUCCCAGCCACUUGAAUUCGAAGACCUCCAAAGACCUUCGCCGCUCGCUGGCGGCGCCCUAGACGGAAUUUCCCGUUACAAUUAUAUGGAAGAUGGGGAUGCAACCACUGCAGUGGAGUUUCUGCAUAAUGACACUAACUUUGAAUUCGUCCCGUCGAACAAUAACGAGGGACUUCCGGCCAUAUCGGGCUGGCCGGCAGGCCCGUGGAUUCCUGGUGAUUUUCAGAGUCCGUUUGGGUCGACCGAGUAUGAUUUCCAGGAUCAAAACGCGGUUCCCAUGCCUCCAUUGGAUUGUCACGAGCUGCAAUUUGAUCUGGCUGGAUUGUAUCAACCCGGACUUUCACCUUCUCCUGUUUGCCACACUCCGAUAGUUGAACAGGACGCGGGUGACUAUAUGCCUUUCCUGGACAGUGGCGAGUCCUCGUUAUUUGAGCCAGUGAUGGGGUCAGAGUCGCAAGCUAUUCCAAUACAAACCCUGAAUCGUCCUUCCAGCCUGCCUAGGAGAAGAAGCCGGUACUCUCUUUACAGGCUAGGACAGACAACGAGUGCAAGAUCUACACCAAAUAUUACAAGCUCUCUUGAUCCAAUGCAGAGAUGGCAAGAAUCACCACCAGAGGAUGAGCCGGCAUCACUGUCAGCAAUCAUGCAGGCCGUCAAUAAGUCAGAACAGGCUAUGGAAGGAGUGCCUAUCGGCGAGGCGUUCUCGAACAGAACUAGCAGUGCAUUCCGACAUCAUCGCCGACCAGCCUCCUUGGCUAGCUCCAGGAGUGGCACGAGUGCAUCGUCAUGGCAGUCUUCGGCUUCGACACAGUCUGCAGUGUCAACGCCUAAAAAUUCCCAGUCGGGCACGCGAGUCGGCAAGAGUAAGAGGAAACCCAGGAAACCGACUGGGUUGGAGAAUGACCGAAUAUUCUGCUGCACAUUUUGCUGCGAUACAUUCAAAAAUAAGUUCGAUUGGUCUCGCCACGAAAAAUCUCUUCACCUCAACCUGGGAGGCUGGGCAUGCACCCCGCAUGGAGGCGCGGUAGUAUCGACCGUGACAGGCAGGAUGCACUGUGUCUACUGCAGUCUUCCAGAGCCAUCCCCCGAGCAUCUUGAUGCGCAUAAUCACUUCCAAUGCUCUGACUCAACUCGCAUCUUUCGCCGGAAGGACCACCUAGUUCAACACCUCAGACUUGUGCAUAGUCUGGAAACCUUACCCAUGAUUGACGACUGGAAAAUAGCUGGCCCGACUAUCACCUCACGCUGUGGCUUCUGUGACCAACGACUCCAAAGCUGGGAUGAGAGAGCAGACCAUUUGACGAAUCACUUUCGUCAAGGCAUGACAAUGAGUGACUGGCAAGGGGAUCAUGACUUCCCGCCAGCGAUUGCAGACAAGGUUAUGAAUUCUCUACCGCCAUAUCUUCUCAGCUGGGAGUCUAAGACGAUGGUCCCAUUUUCAGCAUCAAGCAAGUCUGCCCAGGAUCACCUAGCCCAGAUCUCUGCACGAGCAGACUGGAUUGCUGCCAAUGCAAGCGCCCAAGCGCAGAAUGAAUCACCAGCCUUAUCGGAACCUUCCUUGCAAGUAGCUCCAAAGGGCGAGACAAUGGUACCACUGCAGACCUUUACGGGUAUAUUGACACAACACCUCAGCCGCUAUGCUCGCCAGCAAAUGAGUCUGGGCAUUAUUCCCACCGACGAGAUGUUCCAACAAGAAUCGAGGAAAUUACUUUAUGAUUCGGAGGACUCCUGGAACCAAUCUAUUGCGGAUAAUCCGGCAUGGAUAUCGUCAUUCAGACAGCAGCUUCAAGUGCAGCCCGACAGUGGUGCAUCGGGAGGAACUAAACAAUUGGAAGCUACGAUAGCUGAGUCCGGCUUCAAGCAAUGA